GAAUGGCGACGGUGGAGACAGGAGAUCACUGUCCGGAUCGCUAUCUUCAUUCGGGAGGAGAUUGUCCUUAUGAAACCCUCGGGUAAAAAAAAACAAACUUCAGCAAGAUCCCUUUGCAUUCCGACUAGAUUUAAUUCACCAUUUUCACAAUCAGCACGGGGAACGCGACGUGCUGGAUAAAACAGCAUCGCUGCGUUUGUCUGUGGUUACAAACGAACUUAAUUAGAGAUGGGAAUGGGCUCGCUAAACUCUCAGCUGCGGGGAGCAAGCAAACCAUUGGCUUUCUCGGAGUCCGCUUUAACUUGCUUCGCUACCAACAGUUUUCGGAAAAUACUGUUAACUUGACGGGGGACUGCUGUUUUGAGAACACAGCGCAGCGUGAAUGCAAUGGGCAAAUCAUUUUCUAAAUGCAGUUAAUUUACAAUGCGGACAGCUAAACCAAGGCUUAUCAAUUAGACCGGCGCUCUUUAGAUCCUGCAUGCACUGUGUAAGGACACCCCCUCCCCUUUUCCUUUCUUGCUCGCUUCCUUUUUUGUACGUUUGCCUCUUUGUCUCUCUUUUUAAGGGGGGUUUACUUCAGUCCACCUUAACUCCAAGCCCCGCCUUCUGGCUAGGAGCAUGCGUAGCAAUGAUUGGUGGAAGAAUAAUGGCUGAAAUUGAUUGCAGAUAGCAGUAUCAAACUUGUUGCUGGCUUUCCGAGGGAUGAGAUCAGACAGUGCUUCUCAAGCCAGCACUAGUGAUCGAGACAGAGAGACGGACAGACAGCGAGCGUGCGAGCGAACGAGAGAGAGAGGAACAGAAGCAGUGCUCAGUUUAGACUCACUCUCACAUGGUGCUGGAUUAAAGGUUUUGAGAGAGACAGACAGAAAGGAAAGACCGACAAAAAGGGGAGACGAGCAUUUCAACUGAGAGGUUCCAGCUCCGGCGGUCUCAAGUCAGUGGAUGGAUGCAAGUUUGGAGCCACUGUAAGCGGCGGCAGCGGGUGCAGUGUCCCAGCGCCUCCCUUUGCAGCUCUCAACAACUGCCCCCCACCCCCCCCCCAACCUCUUCCCCACCCCUUCCCGACCGCUUCCCCCUGUCCACCGCCUGGUUCCUGGGCACUUGUCGCUGGAUCAGCUCCCCCCACCAUCCCCUUUCCCUUGAUCGAUCAGAGCAGCGCCCGGGGACUUCAUUUCUCCCGGCGAAUGGGGGGCUGGGGGCUGGUUGUGGAGGGAGGGAGGUGUUAGACAAAGAGAAAAUUAAGAAUUGAUGACUAAACCCAAGAAUUUAUUUUAAAACCAGCAACAACUACUACAAAAUAAUGAGAAUAUGAAGGGUGAAAUUGACGUUCUAGAGAGAGAGUGUGUUCAGAAUCACAAUGUGAAUCUGAGAGGGUGACUUUCUUCCUCAAUGUUUUCGAGAUUUUUAAACAAUUCUCUUUUAGACUUUGGAUAUUGAAGUUGGGGGGUGGGAACAGAUCGCAUUUAUUUUCCCCUUCUUAUUUAGUCGUCUUGUUGAUUUCAAUUUGGGGAGGUUUUCAAAUUCUCUAUUUCUUUUGCCCCCUUCUCUCUGGGAUCGAAAUUAGCCCUGGGGGCUCCCUCCCGGUUGUCAUGCCGUAUUGAUCAGGUUGGACCUGGGGUGGGGGGGGAGGGCUUUGGGAAGUUAUGUUCGGCCUGGAUCAGUUCAGCAGGAGCGGUGGUGGCCCAGGCGGGGAGAGAAACUUCAGCCAGGCUGCCCUGGUUAUGACGGGUCAUUAUAAAAGCCCAACGUUCCCCGGUGCCACUGGCAGCGCUAUGGACGAGCAGGCUCUGGGUCCCCUUGAGCUGGGUCUGGGAAUGAACCCGUCCUUGGGCGGGGAACCGUACGCUUUCCACCCCCGAGGGGGGCACUCGGAGCUGCACGGCGGGGCCGGGGCCCUGCAGCCGCCCCAGGCUCCGGCAGCGGCGGGGAGCACGGCGGCGCCUCCUCCUGGUGGCCCGCAGCCGCCCCAGGCUCCUCCACCGCCGCCUCCGACAGCAGCGGCUGCCGGUCCCCCACCGCAGCCCCAGCCCCAGGCCGCUCAUGGCUACUUCCCCGGCGGACCCCACCCGCACGGGCACCCCCACUUCAGCGGCAGCUUCUGCGGGACCGAGCCUGGCCAUUCGUGCCUGCACGGGGGACGUCUGCUGGGCACUCCCGGCUACAGCAGCAACCCCUUGGCCGGGCAGCCGCAUGCUUUCGGGGACAGUUAUGACCCCCUGGGGGAGAAUCAGACUGCAGGAGGGGGAGGAGGAGGGGGUGGGGGAGGUGGUGGGGCUGGAGGAGGGGGGCCAGGCGAAGGCUUUGCACAACAGGCAGCACCGGUGGGGAGGCCAGGUAACCUCUCAGAGUACCACCAGCACCACACCCCGUCUUCCAACCACACUCCCUGCCUCCCCCUGGACCAGUCUCCCAACCGAGCUGCCUCCUUCCAUGGCCUUCCAGCCUCUUCUACAUCCGAGGCGCAUGGACUGGAACAGAGGCGCCUGCAGAACCAGCCAGCUGUGGACUCCAUGGAGUACAACUACCAGAAUGACGCCCCUACCAGGCCCUUCGACAUGCCCGUGUUCUCCCCCUCGGAGUCUGGUGCCCAGCUUCCUCACUAUGGCCCGGGACGGCACGUGCCUGGGGGCAACUUUCCUGCCAAUGCCCCCAUGCCCAGGACUCCUGGCCUGGUGAGUUUGGGCAAGAUCCACCCUCAGCAGCAGCACGGGAUGUUCUACGAAAGGUUUGGGAAUGCUCGAAAAAUGCCAGUGGGCAUGGAGUCUAGUGUGGCUGCCCGGAACCCCCUCAUGCAGCAGCAGGCAGGUUUGCUCGCACGGCAGAACUCUUGUCCCCCAGCGAUACCUCGGCAGCAGCAAGCAGAGGCAGGGGCUCCAAACUCCAGUCUCCAGGACAGUGGGGCAAUGAUGCCGAAUCAGCAUGCUCCUUUUGAGUACCCCAUUCAAAGAUUAGAGAACAGGAAUAUGCACCCUUACGGCGACCCCAUGUUCAAUAUUCAGCAGCAGCCCAAUCAGAGGCUGCAGCAUUUUGAUGCUCCAUAUCUCAAUGUGGCGAAGCGCCCAAGGUUUGACUUUCCAAAUAACCACAACGUGGACAAUUGUGCUACUUGGAGUAGCAACAGUAUGCACAAUGCAAGUUUGGAAAACCAUCUAUCUCCGUCUGCGUACCCUGGGCUUCCCAAUGAGUUUUCACCACCUGGUCCUGAGGGCUUCCCGACAGGGCCUCCUCUGCAACAUCCUGGGGCUGAUCAACAGUCCCUGCAGCAGCGGCAAAACAUGCUGAUGAUGUUCAAGCAGAUGGUAUCGAGGAACCAACGGCACAGGAUGAGGCAACCUGAACUCCAGCACCUCAGCCACCACGCUGACGUUAACCAAAACAGCAUAGUACACAGUGGCCAGGUGGCAAACAUGUCACAGCCCAGCUUUGAGAGGGAAAGUAGUGGGAGGAUGCCCGGCUUCGAUCCUCAGAAUCCACAGAUGGGCCAGGAGAAUGCCUGGUUCUCUGGCCACCACCCGUCAGGCGAGAUGCUUCAGAGAAGGAUGGGUAGCUCCACCGUACCUCCUGAAGGCAGCCCCCAUGAAUCUGUCCAGAUGAAUUUACAGCAGAAUGGUUCUGGUAUGCUGUUUAGGCCAGGUGGGAAUGGACUGGGGAUGCAAGAGCCAAUGAGAAUGCCGGGUGAUGGACACGUACAGAGUUUGCACUCGCCUGGGAUGCACUCCCAGUUUGCCAACAAUAUGGCCAAUGUUGCGCAGAUGCAGUCACCCAGCGGGGGUAUGGGCCUUCCCAACACGUCGACUGAUCGAAGAGCUGCACCUGAUUUCCAAGGUACCCCAAUGGGUGGACAACCAGGCUUUCCGUUUGGGGGGCCAAACCGCCCCUCAAACCCACACAACAAUCCCCCUGGAGUGGCCCCAUCACCCGGUACCUAUCCACCCCCUCAAUCUGAAUUUCAGGCCAACCAGCGGUCCUCCUUGAGCAAGAUAGGAUCGCUGUCGCUGGGCUCCUUCAGCAAGCCUGGUUCAAAGGAUAACACCAUUUAUGGACAGAGUUGCUUGGCUGCUCUGUCCACGGCUUGCCAGAACAUGAUUGCCAGUUUAGGUGCUCCGAACCUCAACGUCACCUUUAAUAAAAAGAACCAAAAUGAAGGGAAACGAAAACUGAGCCAAACUGAGCAGGACAGUGUUGGGCCAAGCAGUGGGGGUGGUGGCGGGAAUGUUGGUGGGCCCUCGACUGGCAGCACGGGCAAUGGGUCUGAGUAUUUCCAAGGCAGCACUCAGCAGAACAGUCAGAUGGGGGUCUCUGGCACUGUGAGUGGCAAGCUGGGCACAUCUACAGCACAGAAUACCACGCAGGGGCCUAAUCCCCCGUCCCAACCAGAGUGCAACCUGUCCCCAAAUUAUGCCUUGGAGGCCAUCCCGAGCGAAGGCAAAGGACAGACGGGGCGAGGGAGAGGCCGGAGAAAACGGGAUAGUGGCCACGUCAGCCCGGGGAAUUUUUUUGACAAAUACUCAGCUGAAAAUGUGAAUCCUGGGGUCAGUCCAGGGCAGCAGGGCCAGUCUAGUCACACUGGUGACCGAGGUGGCACCCCUCAGGAUAAAUCCCUCACCUCCCCAUCAUGGGGAAAAGGGAAUGACCUUCUCCUCCCUGACCAACCUGACCUCAUGUCCUCCCUGGAUAGCGGAAUUCAAAGUGUGACAAAAUCAGAUGGCAGCUCGCCUCAGGUUGACUUCUCAGACGAUGUCAGCAACAACUAUGGGAAUGAAGACGAGGUGUCCUCGAGCUCUGAUAACAACAUACCCAAGGUCACCCAGUUAGUGACCAGCUCCCCCAAGCUGCAGCGAGCUGACCACGGUCUGCUCAGUGGUCAGAAACCUAUGGGCCAUGGCAUGCUCAAUGCACACCCGAACAGCAACACUACCUCCAACACAGGGCCUGGCGCCGACAACUUUGGGCUUGGCAGCACUGGCAGUGGGCACCCGGGCACACCAGGCAUGGAGCAAGUUCGCACCCCCACCAGCACGUCAACCCAGGACGAGAUUCACCCGCUGGAGAUUCUGCAAGCACAGAUCCAGCUGCAGCGGCAACAGUUUAGCAUAUCUGAGGACCAGCCUCUCGCCAUGAAGAACAAAAAAGCCGAAUGCCCCAGCCAGAAUGGGGACACAGAACUGGCCACUUGUGGCACAGACACUAGUAAGGCUGCCAUCAGCACGAUAGACAUUGAAUCAUUGAUGGCAGAGCAUAACUCUACCUGGUACAUGCCCAAUGACAAGGCCAUGAUGGAUCCACAGGAUGAAGACAAGCAAAUGGCACCAUGGGAAAAGGCCAAGUCUGCAAGUACCAACAAAGAAGCCCAGGACAAUUCCCAAAGCAAAGUAUCGAUGGGUCCAGCUGGCAGCCACUCUCAGCAUCUUUCAGUCCACAGUACUGACCUCAUUGACUCUAAGCCACAGAGCCCUGUGCAGUCGUGGAUGGCCUCCCAUUCAGACAUCACUUACCGAGCUGGGACCUUUGCAGCUGCGUUGACCUGUAUAUAAAUGGAUGAUCAAGAAGGAGAGAGAGGGAAAGAAAGAGACCAUGUUUUGUUCAGUGAACUAGAAAGGGUUACUGAAACCAUGGCAACAGGACUUUUACAUUUUGUUUUAAAAGUUUUAUAGGGUGCGUUUCUGUGCCUGGUCAUAAAUGUUGUGGGUGGUGUGAAGCUUCUCAGUUGGUUUGGAGAAGUUGAUUAAAUGGCAGCUGCAACAUCCCCCUCACUCACUGGAUGUAGGAUAACUGCAGUCCGCAAUGUGAUUUCAAUCUCCCAGUCCCCAAGCAAAGAUGAGCAAUGUGAUUAGAUAAGAUCACUGGGGAACACACCAGAAAAGAAUGGUCACGAAUGGUUGAUGCCAUUUUCCAGUCAUUCCAAACAGCCCACCGUUAGUUUAAAUCAAAAGACUUGUGACUGCCUCAGCCUUGUGCACUGGAAAACUGGAGCACAAGUGGAAGAAAUGCGAUGAUAGACCAGUAAGUGAGGAAUACGUUGCAAGUUGAGCACAAAGAAAUGCCGCGCACCAAUGAUAAUAGCUUACUAAGGUGAAGGAUUCAUAACAAUUUCAAAUUUCUUAGUCAUUGGCCAGUCAUUCUGGCAGAAUAUGGGACUCCACAGAAGGUUAUCAAUCUGAAUUCAGAUCUUGGUUGACACUGGAGCUCUGGAACUCUCACUGGUGAAGCUUACAUGAACCUGGAAUGAGCUGCUGUCAUGGUGCAAAUGCAUUUUUCAGAAGGAUACAGGCAGCAAUCACAAUGGCUGAACAUUUCUUUGGAGCAGCUGCUAGUUCACUGCUGUAGCUUCCCAUAAAGUCCAUCAAAAGGAUUAAGGUUUCUGUUGCAGCUUGCUGUGAAGUUCAGGUAGAAGCUCCAAGGAAAUUCACAGCUAAUCAUCAAUACUAUCCCACCUAAAACAUCUUUUAAAAAGAUCACAGUAAAAUUAUUUUACAACUUUUAUCCUAUUAUCUUCAAUCUGCUGAAUAAUGUCUGUGAGUUAUACUGUGUAGCUCUCUUCCUGCUGAAGGACCAUCUCUGUAUUGUUACAGUCAGUGACCUUUGCCUGGCUGAAUACACUGCAAUAUUAAAUAGUUAUGCAGUAAUUGUCCAAAGGAGAUUUAUUUAUUUGGAAGUUUUUCUUUCCCUUCAAGAUGGUACUCAAGCCUUUAGUCCAGCUCGUACUUCGUAUGAAAAUUCUACUCUUGCUCCUCCUUCUUUCCCCAACAAAAAUCUUCUUUGUCUUGUGUAGGCUGAGUUAAUUUACAGGUUGGUGACAAUUCUAGGUAACAGCAAUGAACUGAAUGGCCAAUCCAUAUUCCUUGCCAUGCAUAGUGUUCUGUCACUAUGCUAAAUAAUUUAAGGUCUCCGUCUGUGAAUACUCAUCAGAGCAUAUUUUUUCUGUUCUGCACCAAUUUGUCCACUUUUCAUCUAUUCCACAUUGUUCCCUUCAUCUCUGGUUCUUGUACAAUGUACUUACUUGAUACCACCCUGCAGUCAGCCUUCUCUCAUUCUACUCCUGUCCUCGGCUUCAAGUUUCUUUUAACAGGUCCAGAGGUGACCUCUUCCUUUUGCUUGGUAUUCUGAACACUAUCCAUCCCAGCACCUGAUAUUGUGUCUGGAGGCACAGGGUGUGGAGAGGGAGAUGCAGAACUAUAUGUCUUAUCUUGUCCUCUCUGUAGCCAUUUCUCCGAGCGCACUUUUCGUGGAUUAGACUCUUUAGUGUUUGUUAAACCCCUUUCAAUACCAUCUCUUUGGAUUGUUCUAGUCUGCGCUGCUCUGUGCCAUCCUCUAGAAUAGUCUUUGACCCACAAAAAUUAUCCAACAUCUAUAAUGUAAACAUGAACAAAUGACAUCCUGGACCAGAUAGAAACAUUUUUUUUGGGCAUUGGUAGCAAAAUUGACCAACAGCGACAUCACAGAAUAGGCUUAUAGUGAAUUAUUAACCUGUUUAAGUACUGGGUCCAACUUUUAUUUGCAUUGGUGCUUUUCUUUAGCUGCACAUAUAGACACUUUAUGGGCUUCAGCACACCUAUGAUUGGGACCAACUCUUUAGCUUUCACUGCUAAUACUUCCCAUGUCUUUCCCCUGUGAAGUCAAAGCACUUUACUCCUUCUGUUCAUCCUAUCCUUGAUCCUGUUUCUCAAUUUAUUGUCAAACUCCAAUCCUCUCUUUCAUAAUACCCAUCUCCUAAUCCCUCAAUCUCCUCCCGCCCAAUUCCUGAUCACUCAAUUAUCUUCCAUUGUCACCCAUUAGCCAACUUGUCAACUGUUUCCUUUCCUGAGUUGUCAAUCUAAUCCUUUCAAAAAACCUUUAAAACCUCAUCAUUGUCAAAUUGAUCCUUUCAAGCCCUGUCACGUGUUUAACUAUGAGGAACCAAAUCUAGUAAUUCAUCCACCUUUCAUGUUGAUCUCUAAUAAACUUCUCUGGUUGAGACAUGACCACUGACCAAAAUCACAAAUGAUUUACUUUAUCAUUACAAUCAUGGUAUAUGAUUCCUUAUAAUCUCUCCAUGAUGCUACUUAUGGUUGAAUACAACAAUACCCUUGUCUGCUCUUAGGAGUCCCCUUUAGACAGUUCAAUCUCACCUCUUUCAGUGCAAGAUGUUUUGUGGUGCAGUUGUUGUAUUGCUAUCUCUGAACCAGAUGCUCUGGAUUUGAAUCCCAUGACAAACCUUGUUGUUCCAAAGAUGUAGCUUCAUAAUGUAAUCAAGCAGGUUGAUUACCAGCAUGCAAAUCCUCCCAAUAUACCUUAUGGCAGGCGGUAAUAGUGGAGAGUGUCCAAGUCAGUUAUCUUUCAGAAGGAAAUAGCAAACCAUUUGUCCAUUAUGUUGUCCAUAUAUCUGGACCACUGUAAUGGAAAGCCAUGGCUCAAAUUUUGGAAAUAAGGAGUAAAGACAGAAAGGCAGUUCCAAUGCAGCUUGAACAUCUCUAGCAAUCAUUCUCUUCCCUACUCUGCAUGACAUCUCUCAAUCCCUUUCAUCCUUCAUCUCGAUGUUGCCCAUCAGUGACAUUUCGAGGUCAGUUUCCACGCAAAUGUUGAUGAUGCCCAGUUCUAACUCUCCAUCUUUUACUUGAACUUGAUGCUCCUUCUGUCCUACCAGAUGUUUUUAUAGAUGUUUUUGUAGAUGAGUAAAAAACGUUUCUCCAACAGAAUAUCAAGAUUAUAAUUUUUGACGCCUGCCAUAAGUUGUUUCAGAUUCCAUUCUGAUCAGUGGACACCUACUGAAGCUCCAUUUUUCCAUGUAAAAAGCUUACCAUCGUACUGGACCCUCAGUUGAUUUUGACACUCACAUCUUGCCUAUCGAGGCCAUUUCAUAUGGCGAGACGAUGGCCUAGUGGUACUGUUGUAGUUUAUUAAUCCAGAGAGACUCAGUUAACAUUCUGGGGACCAGGGUUUGAGUCCUACCAACACAAAUGAUGGAAUUUGAAUUCAAUGCAGGUCUGGUAUUGAGAGCCUAAUGACCAUCAUGAAAGCAUUGUCGAAAAAACCCAUUUGGUUCACUAAUGUCAUUUAGAGAAGGUAACUGCUGGCCAAAUGUGAUUCUAGACCCACAGGAAUGUGGUCAGCUCUUAAUUGCCCUUUGAGAGAUGAGGAAUGGGUAGUAAAUGCUGCCUUAACUAGAGAUGCCCCGCAUCCUGUCAAUUAAAGAAAAAUAAUCUUUGCAAAAACACCUGUUUCCACACCAUCUAAUUCCCACUUUUGAAAGCCUACCUGUAUCUUUUUUAUUUCAGAACUUAAUUUCUUUAACACAUUCAUUUUUGACUCCCAAUCUUCUGCCUCAAUGCGUCAAAUCUUCUUGAACUCUUAAAUUUCUCAAACUCUGUUAAGUGGUGUGCUACAUUUAAUACAACCUGCUCAUGGCUCUUCUCAUACUGCUCCCAACACGCUGAAUUGAAAUUUUUGGUAUGGUUUUGUCUGAUUUUAUCUUUGCAGUUUAUUCUGCAAACUUUGAGCCCUCCCUUCCAAUUCUGGUUUUCUGUGUGCCCCACUCUUCCUUUUGUCCCACCAGCAGUGGAAGAGUGUUCAGCAGUAUCAGCCUGGACUAAAACAGUUUCUUCAAACUCUUCAGCUUUUUCUCACAAUUUUACAAGUCCUUCUCAAUAAUACCCUUUCAACCAAGCUUUCUGUAUCCUUGCUUACUUGCCAAAUUUAACUCUGUACUGUUACUUUUCAAUAUUCCAUCUGAUUAAUGUUUUCGUAAUUCUUUUCAUGUUAAAAGUGAAAUUUUGUUGUUACACAUAGUAAUUCUUACUAGAUAAAGAAUAAAUCUGUACAGUUAUCCAGUGGAAACCCCUUACACUGCUGAAUAAACAGAAACUCCAUGUUGUUAUAUGCUGAGUAAGUUUUACCCUUCGGAGUAAACAGUAGAUUUUGGUCAAAUUACACAGAAUGCAUUUUAAUACUUUGCUUCAUCUGUGACCAUUUUUAAACCUGAAAGUUGACUGUGCAACAAAGUUGUAUCACAACAAUAGGUUAGAAAUAUUGGCGAGGAAUGUUAUGAAAAAGAUAUUAUUUACUCUUAUAGGGUUAGCACUAACUCUUUAUUGAUAUCUUAUUUCUGUAAGGUAAUAAUUUAUUACGCACAUAUUGGAAUGGGGGACUGCUCAUUAUACAUGAGUGAGAGUCAUAAAUAUGUGUCUACAAAAUCAAAUUUCCCACAGAAUAACAAUAAAUGUUAAAUUGGGCAGCACGGUGGCUCAGUCAUUAGCACUGCAGCCUCACAGCACCAGGGACCCAGGUUCAAUUCCAGCCUCGGGCGACUGUCUGUGUGGAGUUUGCAUAUUCUCCCUGUGUCUGCGUGAGUUUCCUCGGGGUGCUCCGGUUUCCUCCCACAGUCCAAAGGUGUGCAGGCUAGGUGGUUUGGCCAUGCUAAAUUGCCCGUAGUGUUCAGGGGUGUGUGGGUUAAAGGGAAUGGGUCUGGGUGGGAUGCUUUGAAGGGCGGUGUGGACUUGUUGGGCUGAAGGGCCUGUUUCCACACUGUAGGCAAUCUAACCUAAACCAGCAUGUCUACAAAAGAAAACCAUUUGGGCAACACCGAACACAAGAGGAAGUUUAAUGAGAGGACAGAUUGCACUGAGUAACUGGUCCUGUUACAUUUUGUCCUUAUCAGAACUGGGUAAGGGCUAGUGCAAUGAUUUAAAACACCAACUGAAGAUGGACUUAUAAACUGGAAUUGUAAAAGUUAUGCCCUGCCCAUUGAUAUGUAUAAUGAUGUGCUCUUUCCAUAAAGUUAAAUUGUUUUUACAAAAUGACGUUAUAUUUAAAAAACUCUUCUCAAAGCAUUUCUGUCAAAACUAAGUUGAGAUUACCCAAAUAUCAUUUUCUUAAAUCAAUGUUUGACCAUGAAAGAAGUUCAGGUGUGAAAGCUGCCAUGGGGGUUCAGCCUUGACAACAGGCUUCAGCCUUAGGAAAUGUCUGAGUAAUGCUUUAAAAUUGAAUAGGAGGCUGGAAAGUGACACUAAUUUGUUGUGACUUUGCUGUGCAAUUGCUCACGUGAACAAAUUCCACUUUGACCUCUCCUGACAGAGCUGGAAUUUUCACUCUCUUGAUGUAGCCAGCCACUGGAAUGUUGUUUCUCCUUUGAUGAGCGUUGUUUUCCACUGUGCAAUGGGUUAUGUGGCUUGCAAUCAUCAAUUUGAGAUUCCACAGCUCCAGGUGAAGGCAUCUGAUUAGCAACUGAAAUCAAAUUUUAAUAAUGUUGCCCAGAAGAAGGGAUAUUGCGCUGGAUUUAAGAAUAUAUCUAAAAAAAUUCAAUUAUCUGUGGCACAAAUUCACCUAAACUACAGCUCGCCUAACCAAGUCAAGCCUAACUAAACUGGGCCAAAAAUACCCAACAGGCUGAACCACAUAAGACUUACCCAAACCAAGCCUAAUCAGAUUGGACCCAACCAUAAUUUGGCGUAGUCAAACUAUGAUUGACUAUAUUGGACUUAGCAAUAUCAGUUGGAAAAGCAAACAGUGCUUUUCCAAGCUAGGUAUCACCAAAUGAGGCCAACAUAAAUAAUUAGCUUAAGUUGAAUGCUGGUAUCCCUUUAAUUGCUCAUAUGCAUGCUUAAAACAAUGAGCUCUCUUUUUGUACCAACUUAAUUUUCUUUUCUUUAAGAAUUAUAUUCCAAUUAUAUUUCAAAAUUGAAGUUCUAUUUUUUGGAGUUGGUUGCAGAUGAGACACGAAUUGAGAAUUGGACCAUAAUCUACUUACAAAAAAAAUCCCCUUGAAAGGAUUUACACAACUUUACCGCUCGGACAAACCAGCAUGAUUCAGCUUGGUUUGGUAUCAUGGUUCAGGCUCUCCUUAUAAGUGUACAACUUUUUAACCAAAAUUUAUUUUCUAUGUGAAUCUCAUUCAUUCAAAUUCCUUUUCAUUGGUUCUAAUUGUAUGUGCGAGUAAUUCAUCACAAAUACCAAAUGAAUAUGAAAGCCAUUCACUGGCUUUAUGAGUUCCCUUUGGAUGUGAAAAUUUGGCCUCAUGAAAUGAAAAUAAAAACCACUUGCAUUGUACCAAUCUAACCAUCAUUUGGAAUCUGCCAUUUAUAU